AUGCACAACGAGACUCGUGAAUGGGCUUUGUGGAGGGUCAACGAACGGAAUGCUGACGACGAACAGCGGCAGGCUCACGUAUUGAGGUCCUCAUCGUCGACGGCAGUUUGCGGACGGGGUCACCGAACAGAAUGGCGGACGUGGACUGCGGCCUUUCGCACAGACAACAGACAGGUUGCUGUGACGAGUAGACUAAAGCUGCGAGGGCACGUGGUGGUCGGCGACGACAAGGGCUGCUCGGAGAGACGCCGACGAACAGAACUCUCGCCGGAAAAGAAGGCUGCCAUCUGCGGUAUCCAACUCGUGUGUGUGUGUGUGUGUUUGGGUGAUGAUGUCGGGAUGGACAGGACGUCGACUGGCGGACGAUGGCGGCUACGAGAGGAUGGCGGAGGAGAAUGGACGGCGGCGGCGACGACCUGUGCAGUGGAUUAA